UUAGCCGAGCGGUGUUCGUUCGAUCUCCGAGAGUCCAUUACUAGGUAGUCGGCCGCGCCUCAUGGCUGACUGAGGCAGGGAAGUAGGAGUUGGAUUCCUACUUAGGGAAGUAGGAGUUGGAUUUCUACUUCCAAUACGAACUGAGGUUGAUAUGAACUGAGGGCGUCGUGAAAGACGAGGUCUCAUACUGCUGCUUUUGUGUAGGAAGGACGGCUCCUCGAUUGGCGGUUGCAGCAACGUGGUGAGGGUUUCAAAGAAGAAGGUAUUUGGCCUCCUUCUAGAGGAAAGUGGACCCUGAAGAAGAGCAGCAGACGCUACUACAGAACAAGCUCACACCGGAAAAAGCACCGUCACCAUGGAACAGCUUGGUGAGAUGCAGGUCUUCUUGAAGUCCAAUGAGGAUCCCAUGCUGAAAGAUGAGGCUCACCGUGAGGUUUCCCGCCUGCGCUUCAGGCAGUUCCAGUACAGUGAAGCAGCACCGCCUCGGGAAAACUUCAACAGACUCUGGGAGCUUUGCUGCCAGUGGCUGAAGCCAAACAUACGCUCCAUCGAACAAGUCCUGGAGCUGCUCGUGAUGGAGCAGUUCCGCAAUAUUCUGCCGACAGAGAUAGAGACGCAGGUGAACGCACAUGACCCGGAGAGUAGAGAAAAAUUAUUUUCACUGAUAGAGCACUUGCAAAGAGAACGUGAGACAGCAGGACAUCAGUUUGACAUGGGUGACGUACUCCUGAAAGAACUGGAGCUGUUUCAGAUGGUACCACCGCUACCUGAAAUAAGCCUGGAGUUACCUGAAAGCCUGUUAAGUGAACCAGUCCAAGUGGCCCCAGUGGCAGGAGCUGGGCCAUCGCAGAGAGAGCCGAACUGCACUGCUGCGGCCACAUGCCUCCAGCUUCUGAAUCCUGGUGAGGAGGGCAUUUUGUCCCCGUUCUUUGUUUCUGUGUGA